UAAACAAGAGGAUAGAAUAAAGUCGACGUACAUACCCUUACUUCCACUCACCCAAAACUUCAACUAUCUCCUCCCCCUUCCCCUUCUUAACCCCAUACUCCAUUAUCUUCUUACUCUUCCUUCAAUCAUUUUAAUUAAUCAGACCUCUCUCUCUCUCUCUCUCUCUCUCUCUCUCUCUCCCAAAUGGAGCAAACAUGAACCUCAAACCACCAUCCUCUUCACCACUAACCUCUAACUCCAACAACCCAUUUCCUGCAACUCACUCUUCUCUCACCCUCCAUUGGGUUUCUUCCCCACACUAUCCCUCCUCCAUCUCCAGCCCCACGCGCCUUCGCCUACUCGCCACCGCCAACCCCCACACCAACCCAACUUCAGACCUCUCUCUCGCCACCACUGCCGCCGCCGCCGCACUACCCAAUGAAGACCAAAAGCUUCUGACGCUCCUCCGCCAGAGAAAAACAGAGGAGGCUUGGACUGCCUACACCCAAUCCACCCAUUUGCCCAAUCCCACUUGCCUCAGCCGCUUGCUCUCUCAACUCUCCUACCAGAACUCUCAUUCCGGCCUCACUCGCGCCCAGUCCAUCAUCACGCGCCUCCGCAAUGAGCGCCAGCUCCGCCACCUCGACGCCAACUCCCUCGGCCUCCUCGCCGUCGCUGCCGCCAAGGCUGGCCAGACCCGCUAUGCUGCAUCCAUUGUCAAGUCCAUGCUCCGCUCCGGCUUCCUCCCUCACGUCAAGGCCUGGAGUGCCGUCGUGAGCCGGCUCGCCGCCACUGGGGAUGACCGGCCUGCCUUGGUCGCUGACUCGCGGCCGGACACGGCAGCCUUCAAUGCUGCGCUGAAUGCCUGUGCCAAUUUGGGGGAUACUAGGAGAUUCUUGAAGCUGUUCGAUGAAAUGCCUGAGUAUGGUGCUGAGCCUGAUGUGCUCACUUACAAUGUUAUGAUCAAGCUGUGCGCCAGAGUUGGAAGGAAGGAUUUGCUUGUUUUUGUGUUGGAGAGGAUUCUUGACAAGGGCAUUGCCUUGUGUAUGACAACGUUGAAUUCGCUGGUGGCAGCUUAUGUUGGUUUCGGUGAUUUGGAAACCGCAGAGCAAAUGGUUCAAGCAAUGAGGGAAGGGAGGAGAGACCUGUGCAAGAUUUUAAGGGACUCGAAUUCGAAUAAUUCAAAGUCGAGUCUAAUUGAUGGGGAUGUGUUUGAGAAGGACUCGAAUUCGAAUAAUUCAAAGUCGAGUCUAAUUGAUGGGGAUGUGUUUGAGAAGUUGCUUCCUAAUUCGGUUAGAGCAAAUGAUUGUGAGCCGCCAUUGUUGUCUAAAGCAUACACUUGUAACUCUAGGAUUUACACUACUUUAAUGAAGGGUUAUAUGAACGUUGGCCGUGUUACCGACACCGUUCGGAUGCUAGAGGCACUAAGGCACCAGGAUAAUAGCUCAAGCCAUCCUGACCAUGUAACCUAUACGACUGUUAUUUCUGCAUUUGUGAAGGCUGGCUCAAUGGACCGUGCUCGGCGAGUGCUUGCAGAGAUGACAAGAGUUGGUGUGCCUGCUAAUCGGAUCACGUAUAAUAUUCUUCUCAAAGGUUAUUGCCAGCAGCUGCAGAUAGACCAGGCCAAGGAGCUCCUUAGGGAGAUGGCUGAUGAUGCUGGGAUUGAGCCUGAUGUGGUUUCGUAUAAUAUAUUGAUUGAUGGAUGCAUACUGGUUGAUGACAGUGCUGGGGCUCUUGGCUUUUUUAAUGAGAUGCGAACAAGAGGACUUGCUCCCACCAAGAUCAGUUACACCACUUUGAUGAAAGCUUUUGCCUUGUCGGGUCAGCCGAAGCUGGCUAACAAGGUGUUUGAUGAGAUGCUUAACGAUCCUCGGGUAAAGGCUGAUUUGGUUGCUUGGAAUAUGUUGGUUGAAGCGUAUUGCAGGAUGGGGUUAGUCGAAGAAGCCAAGAAAAUCAUUCAGAGAAUCAAAGACAAUGGGUUUCACCCUGAUGUGGCCACUUAUGGCAGCCUUGCCAACGGAAUUGCAUUGGCUAGAAAACCAGGGGAGGCACUCUUGCUUUGGAAUGAAGUGAAGGAGAGAUGUAGGGUGAAAAAGGAAGGGGAAACUUCCGAUCCUUCCGAUCCGCCAACGCUGAAACCCGAUGAAGGGCUUUUAGAUACUUUGGCUGAUAUAUGUGUCAGGGCUGCUUUCUUUAAGAAGGCUUUGGAGAUUGUGGCUUGUAUGGAAGAGAAUGGGAUCCCUCCAAAUAAGACAAAGUUCACUAAAAUUUAUGUGGAGAUGCAUUCUAGGAUGUUUACUAGUAAGCAUGCCUCACAAGCGAGGCAGGACAGGAGGAUUGAGAGGAAGAGAGCAGCUGAGGCUUUCAAAUUUUGGCUGGGUUUGCCCAAUUCUUACUAUGGGAGUGAAUGGAGGUUAGAGCCUAUAGAUGGAGAUGAGUGAUGUAUGAUUAUGCUUCUGGUUCAGCUGAACCACUUGGCAUGUCAAUGUAUACUUUGUUACUCAAAAAGGUAGAAAAGAAACAGUUCUAGGGUAUUUACAAAAUCUGAGAAAGUGAGAAAAUAUUCCAAUGUAAUAUAAUUAUGUUAUCAUAUAGGUGAUUGAAAAUGAUGUCCUUGAACUGUUUACAUUACAAAAUUAUAUACAAAAUUAUGCCACUAUGGUGUUUUUGGCAU